GAGGCCGGGCGGUGAGUUCGCGGCGGCCGCGGCCCCGAGGCCUACGCCCGCCGCCGCCUCUCGCAGUGCUAUUGUCCCCGGCGGGGCCCGGCGGAAGAUGCCGGACCAAGCCCUACAGCAGAUGCUGGACAGAAGUUGCUGGGUGUGUUUUGCCACUGAUGAAGAUGAUAGAACAGCUGAAUGGGUGAGACCAUGCAGGUGCAGAGGAUCUACCAAAUGGGUUCACCAGGCUUGUCUACAGCGCUGGGUGGAUGAAAAACAAAGAGGAAACAGUACUGCCAGAGUGGCAUGUCCUCAGUGCAAUGCCGAAUACUUAAUAGUUUUUCCAAAGUUGGGUCCAGUUGUUUACGUCUUGGAUCUCGCAGAUAGACUGAUCUCAAAAGCCUGUCCGUUUGCAGCAGCAGGAAUAAUGGUUGGGUCUAUCUAUUGGACAGCUGUGACGUAUGGAGCAGUGACUGUGAUGCAGGUUGUAGGCCAUAAGGAAGGCCUGGAUGUCAUGGAGAGAGCUGAUCCCUUAUUCCUUUUAAUUGGACUUCCCACUAUCCCAGUUAUGCUGAUAUUAGGCAAGAUGAUUCGCUGGGAGGACUACGUGCUUAGACUAUGGCGCAAAUAUUCUAAUAAACUACAAAUUUUGAACAGUAUAUUUCCAGGGAUUGGUUGUCCUGUUCCUCGAAUUCCAGCUGAGGCUAAUCCUUUAGCAGAUCAUGUCUCUGCUACCCGAAUUUUGUGUGGAGCCCUUGUUUUUCCUACUAUCGCAACAAUAGUUGGUAAACUGAUGUUCAGUAGUGUUAAUUCUAAUUUACAAAGGACAAUCUUGGGUGGAAUUGCUUUUGUUGCCAUAAAAGGAGCUUUCAAGGUUUACUUCAAACAGCAGCAAUAUUUACGUCAGGCACACCGCAAAAUUCUAAAUUAUCCAGAGCAAGAAGAAGCCUAAAACUGUAACUUCUGGUCUGGUCGUUCUGCAGUCCUCUCAUCCUUAUGAUUCUGUUGUGUUGUUUUGAUUCCAUCAUUAAUGCACAGUAGUGGAGACUUGUGAUAAACUGCUCUCAUAUUUUUAAGAAAUAUAAUAAAGCACUUAGAGCAGAGGAAAUCCUCUCAGUAAUCACGGAACCUAAGGAUGUGAUUUUGUUUUUAUUGUUUUGUAUGUUCUUCUAUGGCAGUCAUCUGAACCAUUAUCUUAGCAUGGUAAAUCUGGAUUUUGUUCAUAUUUUCUCCAGAAAUGUAAAGCUCAAACCGUGCAAAUAUUUAAAAAUGCACAUAAUGUUUUAUUCAGAUGCCUCUUUUGUACAUGUUCAUGUUCAGUGUUUUCUUAGAAUCAGCAAUUCAAUGAAGGUACUAUGAGGAUUUUUCUCACUGGCAUAAUUUGGUUACAUGCUAAAUAGGAGUAUAUGUUAAUAUGAAGAAAUGUAAAUUAAAUUCGUUAUAAAUAAAUAACAAACCAAAAAUGUAUGUAAGCAUUCAAAUGAUUAUCUGAACAGUUUUGUUUGUUGUGUUUUUCUUAACCCAUGUGUUGUCCUCCAAAACAUAUAGGGUAAAAAUUCAUGGGGCUUCCAAACACUUUUCACUAUUAAAUUUUAUUUAUAUAAUGUUGACAUCUCAUAGUUCUUAAUGUAAUUUUGAGUCAUGCAAAGGUGUGUGUGUGUGUGUGUGUGUGUGUGUGUGUGUGAGAGAGAGAGAGAGAGAGAGAGAUCCUAAUCCUUCAUCACUGGAGUGAGGUUUUUUAAUUCACAUUUCUAGAAAUUAGAGCUCCCAGUUUAUAGUGGUUUGAGCACAGAAAAUGAUUUGCAAAAAAUAUAAAAAUCAAUAAAGUUAUUUUACUCUCUCCUCUUUGAUUGAUUCAAUUAUUCAGGUAUUUGUUGACCACCUCCUUUUGCUCAGGCACUGUUACACAGAGUGCUAUGGGAGACAGUGGUGAAUAAGACGGACUUGGUACCUGCUUUUACAGUUUGUAGUCUAGUUUCAAGAGUAGAAAACCAGCAGUGAGUAAACCAAGGUGAGGCCUUGAGAUCUUUGUAUUUAUUCUAGUCAGUGAAGAAAUAAUUAUGAAAUCAAUACAUCUUGAGUAAAUACUGAGGUCACUGUUAUUAGCAUAAGUCAGUUUUUAUUUAAAAAUACUAAGGAUUUUAGAUUUUAAUUGCUUGUCAUAUUGAUGAGGCUAGCGCCUUAAUAAUCUGUUUAACUAGUUUUAUAUUCAUUUUUCAAAAGCAAUUAUUUAUUUUAAGCCAUUUUCAGUAGUGGCUCUUUUAAUGUUAUUCAGCAGUCUGAAUGGUUUUGCAGUUACUUUUAUUGAAAUUUUAAAAAGAUGAUUUCAAAAACCCUAUUUAUUUUCUUGUUCACAGUAUCUAAUGCAUGACAAUAAAAAUUGUUUCCCCUAACUAAUAAGUGACCACUUAUGUUUAGGAGUGUAGAUUGAAAUAUGUUAAAUUGCAAUAAUGUACGUUAAUUUUAGUAAUGUAUGACUGGUACUUUUCUAUAAUAUGAAUGUCUUAAUUUUGAGUUAUAAUGAAGUUUAUGUGAAUGGUUAUUGAAUGUUCAAAGUUGUAAUUAUUGGGGGAGGAACAGAAGAUUUGACUGACAGCCUUAUUAAGAACACUGCUUAGUUCUGAAGGAAAAUAUAAAUUCUGUGAUUAUAUAUAAAGUAACAUUAUAUAGCUGUAAUAUAAAAACAAUGGUUUUUCUUUCAUUUUCAUUUGAAAGGAUAAUUAUGUUUUUCCUACAUAAUUUUGCUACACAAAACAGCUCUUAGGGCAGCCUUUACUAAAGUGUCACAAGCACACAGUUCCCCGUGACUGCUUCAGUGUGCCCAGGAUGGGGAAGAAGCUGCUUGGGUUUGACAAACAGAGCAUGGAAGAAACAGCUGUUUCUUUAGCAGUAGGUGGGAGGGCUGUCUGUGGCUGUGGGGAGGGAACUGCAAGUGCCUACGGACCAGAGUGGCCUCUAGCCCUGGAACUAAUUGGACACUUGUAUAUCAGAGAGCCUGGUUCAGGAAGUACAUGCUGGUUUCUGCAAGCCUGUGACUUGCAACUACCACGAAACCCCCAAAGUACCUGGGCUGGCAAAAAUCGAAUGGACCUGGGUUCAGAUCCUAAUACUACUUUCAGUUAAAAGCAGAAUUGCUUUAAACUCCUUGGUCCAUUGACUCAGAUUUCAGCUUCAGUUUCUUCAUCUCUUGAAUACAAACACUGCUUAUCUCAGAAGACUAUUUCCAGGAUAAACUGAAAAAGAAACAGACCCUUGAGGCUUGAAAUAGCCCCUCCAGAGAAGUAGUUGUUUCUUCAUUGCUAAAAAGUCUGUACGGGAGAAAAGGAAUGAAAAAGAUGAAAGGGAGGCAUUAAGGGGUGAAGUAAGGAAUGCUGUUAACUCUGGGGAUGGGUAGAUAUGUUUUUGUUUUGCUUCACUGUGUUACUCUAAAAACUUCUUUUAAACCUUAUAAAAUUUAAUGAUGAGUAAUAGAGUUCUUUACAGAAGUUUAACCUAUCUCCAAAGUGGCUGAAAUUAUUGUUCAUUACUACAUGAAUAUCCAAUGACUGUGAAGAAUAUAAAAUUAAACUUAGUGACUUAGUCACUGGCCUUGCUAACUGUGCUGUAAUUUUUUUAAACGUCUUGUUUUUAAUAUAGCAGAUUAUCUCAAUUCUGGCUGGAUUAGGUUAAAUAAAGAAUUUUUAUGUUC